AUGUCGCCAAAUUCGGCAGAAAAGGAGGCUAUUCUCCGUAUAAUUGACUCGAUUGACGCGCGCGACGACGACUACUGUGCUCACGAACUCAACGUCUACAGAUGGCUGGUGGCCUACGGAAACGACGAAAAAGAGGCGGCCAAGGUUAGUUAGCGCAGUCCAGUUAGGUACAUAUAGACGAGGGUGGUGGUGAGUAAACGACCUCGAUUCAAAACGUGGCCGCGUGGCCUAAUGGAUAAGGCACCAGACUUCGGAUCUGGGGAUUGCAGGUUCGAGUCCUGCCGUGGUCGAAAUAUUUUUGUUUUUAGGCUCUCAAACGUCAUCUAAACAUUCGCAAGACUAUCGAUUUGAACUCGUUUGUGGAGAAAGCCGAGUUGGAAGAGGAUGAACUGGCAAAGUACGUUCCGAUUGAUGUGAUCGGACAGAAUCAACUCGAUGACAACAAGGUGUUCAUGUUCGAGAAAACCGGAAAGAUUGACAUUAGUGGGCUGGUGGAUAAUGUUCUGGUAAGAAAGGCGUUUUGAUUCGUUCCUCCAAUCCCCGGUGGUGUGUCUGUCAGAUGCACAAAUUCAUGCAAAUCAAACUGAAGAUGAUGGAGAGUGUCCAUCAAAAAGUGGUGGCCGCGGAAAGGAAGACUGGCCGGCAGAGUGGAGGGCUUUUCAUAAUGGACCUGGAGGGACUCUCCUUCAGUCCCAAACUCAUUUCCGUGCUCACUGGACCGUACCGCAUCAUGUGGGGCACGCUGUUCGACCACUAUCCGCAGCUGCUUCAGAAGAUUAUCAUCGUGAAUGCUCCAUCGUUUGUGAACGUUCUUCAUCAAGCGUGCUCUCCGUUCUUGCCAAAUGACUACAAGGAGAAGAUCGUAAUCACUUCCGAAUCUGCCCUGGAAGCCAUUCCCAAGCACAUCGACCGUUCCUUCCUGCCUUCUGAACUGGGCGGCGAUUUACAAUUGCCCAUUUCUUCUCCGCUGGCACCGUUCCCAAAGCCCAAUAAAAACGAGGAAAAGGAGAAAACAGAACUGCUUCCGAUUAGUAUUCCAGCGGGCAGGUACACAGUUCAGAAGUUCUCUUGGAAGCAGGGCGACGAAAUCGAAUUCUUCCUGCACAAUGACAGCUCGUUCCACUACUUCCUCUUUCAUUGUGAAGAUGAUACGGUACGGUUGAGUGGUUAAUUUUGUAUUAAGAAGAUUCCAGAGAGAGAUGGACGCGUGGCGGGAGAUGUCUGUCGGAUGCGAGAGACCAGCCCUUUCUCAGAUCGAUUCAUGGAAAUAUCAAGUUCCAAUGGAUGGGUGAGUGGACACUUUUUGUCAGUUCUCUCAUUUUCCUAUUUUACAGAUUCUACUUUGUCCGAUACGGAAACCACAACUCGUGGUAUUUCUCAACAACUGUUAACACUAAUCACUUUAUUUACAAGGAAAAUGGCGAAAAGUUUCCGUUGUCUCCGAUCGAGAUUUUCAAUAUUUAG